GGACGUGCAUAGUGGAGAAACGGUUAUUUAACGCGAGUUAACCAAAUGAGUACAGUGGAGAAAAAAGAAAUAGAGCUAAUAAAAUARAAAAAGAAAUACCGUGCAAUAGUCAUAGCCAGCAAAUGAAGAGUCAAAAGCGCUGUGAGACGCGCGAAGUUUAUAAUUAAACGCAAGUGGAGAAGCAGAGGAAAAUAUUAGUGUUAAGAAAAGAAAAGUAAAUGAAAUAAGCAAUAACAGAAUCAAUGCAUGAAAUAUAAGCGAAUAAACACGAAGUGAGUAAAUAAAAUCAAAGAAGCGCAGCGACGUGCGUUUGCUAGUGAAGAUUGUGUUUUGUGUUUGAAGGCGAGCAAAAAAUAAAAGUUCAGAAGAAAUUGAGAAAAAAAAUAUUUACAUAUGUGUGUAAUAUCCAUUGAUUGGAAGUGUGUAUGCUAUUAACAGUGCAGAGUUCAGCGCAAACGAAAUUUUGUAUAAAUUAUUAAUUUCAUGUCGCAACACGGUGUUUUGUUGCAUUUUUGGUUGUGGUAGUUCAAAUUUUUGCAAAGUCUGUGAGUAUUCUCAGUGUUGGCCGUGUCUUGACCAGCUUUAUUGGCCUUAAACCUUCUAUGUUUUUGUCAGCGCGUUGUGUUUUUGCGGUUUAGUGGACGAUUAUGUCACUUUUUUUAAAAGCGUUUGCAGUGUUCUUGCGAGCGAGCGCCUAAUAAUAAUCAAAGCAGACAAGCAAAUACAAAUAAAAUACUGAAAAUAGAACAAGCGAUUAAUGAUUGCGCGUUGUAAGAGAAGCGAAAACAAAAACAAAAUCAAUAAAAACACACAAGUCUUGUUGCUACAAUCGUUUAUAAGCUGCAAGUAGUUGUGUAAAUUUUGUGAUUUUGUAUAAGUGGUUGAAUGUCUGUGCGCGAAGUGGGAACAAGUGACAACAAAAAUCAGCUGCUGAGCAAUAAAAACUUUUGUGUUAUGUGUUUUCGAUUGGCGGUCCAACAUAAAGGCGACGUCUUGUGUUAAUUAUUUGCAUACUCUUACAUCAAAGGGAAGUUGCCGACGACAUUAUAACAACAAAAUUAAUAAUAACAAUCAGAAUUAAAUUAAACUACAACAACAGUCAGAAUAAUUAAAGCACAUUAAAAGUAGUUAAAUAUCGCCUGUUGGGCGUUUAUAACACGCAUAAAGUCAUAUUAAGCGCUCUAAAGCCAUACAACAACAGCAACAAGCAAGCAAAAAGUGUGCGCACCAAAUUUGUUGUUACUACUACGCACCUACACACGCACACGUGCUAGUAUGGCUCACGCCGUCGAAGUUGCCGGCAAACGGAAUGCCACAAAGCCAAUAACAGCAGCAGCAGCGCAUAAAAAACAACAACUACGUCGACUAUUUCUGCUGUUGCAAGUUUGCAUUGCCGUUUUAGUGGCCAGCAGUUGUUUGGCAUUGCCAUCGGCGGCCGACGCGAAACAUCUCGAUGGUCAUCAUUUUCAUGCUCAUCAUGACCAACAACAACAACAGCAUGCACAUCACAGGCGCCGCUUGCAGCGCGAUUCGACCAGUAAAAUUUUAAACACACGCGAACAGUGCAACAGCGUGCGGGAUUACUUCGAGACGAUCGACGUUAAGCUGAUUGGCAACUUUGAGGAAAAAG